AUGAUAGGAGAAAGUAUUUAGCAAACCCAUCGGUAGAAAUAAUCAAAAGAGAACUCUUACAUCUUAAAAAAGAAGUCCAAUUAUACAGUUUAUUUAAGAGAUAUAAAUAUAGUAUUUUACAGAAUUUGUUCAACUUUAUAGAAAUAUUGUAAAGAUGAAAAAUCUAUUAUAUAAUUGUGGUUCAAUGAGAGUUUUCUUGAUAAGUUGAUAAAUGCAGAAGAUAGGGAAUAUUUAAUAUUGAUUUUGGAAGAAUUGGUUCUCGUAUUGCUUAGAACUGAACAAUAUUCUAAGUUUUUUAUAGAUAGAGGGCCUAGAUAUUACUUUGUUGUUAGUGAUUUAAAUUAGCUAUCAAAUUAGAAAUACUAGUUCUAAUAAGAGUACUAUGCAAAUCCUUCAUUUGUGGGAUUGACUGAUAAAGGUAAUGAAUUUGGUCUCUUCUUGGAUGCUUAUGAGCAAAUAGGAAUUGGAGAGAAUGGUAGAUAAUCAUUGGAAAUGAUGGCCACUUUUAUUUAGUUUUAUCGGUUGUUUUUGAUUGAGGUGAUUAAAAUAUAUAACAUGAAAAUAGAUUAUAAAGUAGUGCCAUAUAUUUAUGUGAAUUUUUAAAACAUAAACUAAUUGAUGUUAGAAGAUAUGAACUCUCUCUAUUAAGUAGUCUUGGGUAUAAUGGAUUGUUAAAAGUAACUAUUGAUCCAUUGA